AUAUUAACCACGAUAAGGAUUAAACUUGCGCAACAUUCAACCGCUCUUAUCUCUCAUCGCCCAUACUUCUUUUUAUCGUUAUCAAUAUGUCAUAUGCAAUUGUAUUCUCCGCGUUCAAUUCAUUUUACAUCUACACGCGCUAACAAUUUAUGUUUCUGUUGCAGUAUCUAAGUGCUAACAGAAUGGAUACGUCAAGAAAUCGAAUUAGAAGAAUGGUCGGCGCGCUCUGGUUCUGCUUCUUCUUCGCGGCAGUCCUGGCUGAGGGUACUUUGGAGAAACUACAUGAAGAACACGUGCGGGAAUUCAGCUGCGGCAUGCUGUACUACAGGACGCUCUACCUGGACAGUAAGAGGGACGCCCUAUAUGUCGGAGCUAUGGACAAGAUCUUCAGGCUAAAUCUAAGUAACAUCAGUCAUUCCAACUGCGAGAGAGACGCUCUAAAUCUGGAACCCAGCAACGUGGCGAAUUGCGUGUCAAAAGGCAAAUCAGAGCAUUUCGACUGCCGAAACCAUAUAAGAGUCAUCCAGCCGAUGGCAGACGGCAAUCGGCUUUACAUGUGUGGUACGAACGCGCACGCACCCAAGGACUGGGUGAUUUACAGCAAUCUGACUCACUUACCGCGCCACGAGUUCGUCCCGGGGGUGGGAAUGGGCAUCGCGAAGUGCCCUUAUGACCCUGCGGACAAUUCGACGGCGGUCUGGGUCGAGAAGGGCAAUCCCGGAGACUUGCCAGCUCUUUAUUCGGGCACCAACGCCGAGUUCACCAAAGCCGAUACCGUAAUCUUCCGCACGGAUCUCUACAAUCUGACUACCGGUCGCAAGGCGUUCAGCUUCAAGAGGACACUCAAAUACGACUCCAAGUGGCUCGACAAGCCGAAUUUCGUGGGUUCGUACGACAUCGGCAGCCACGUGUUCUUCUUUUUCCGCGAGACCGCGGUCGAAUACAUAAACUGCGGUAAAAGUGUGUACUCCCGCGUGGCGAGAGUUUGCAAGAGGGACACCGGCGGUAAAAAUAUACUCAUGCAGAAUUGGGCCACGUACCUCAAGGCCAGAUUGAAUUGCUCGAUACCCGGCGAGUUCCCGUUUUAUUUCAACGAAAUACAGAGCAUUUACAAGGUACCGGGUGACGAUACGCAUUUCUAUGGUACCUUCACCACAUCGACGAACGGGCUAAUGGGCUCCGCGAUAUGUUCCUUCCACAUUGACGCCAUCCAAGAGGCUUUCCGCGGAAAGUUCAAAGAGCAAGCGACCAGCAGUAGCGCGUGGCUACCGGUCUUAUCUAACAAGGUUCCGGAACCGCGCCCGGGCCAAUGUGUUAACGACACGGAAACGUUGCCGGACACCGUCCUGAAUUUCAUAAGGUCCCACCCGCUGAUGGACUCCGCGAUCUCGCACGAGAACGAGAAGCCGGUCUUCUACAAGCGGGACGUCAUGCUCACGCGAUUGGUCGUCGAUAAGCUGCGCAUCGACUUCGUGGGCAGCGAUUUGGAUUACACAGUCUACUACGCCGGCUCUAGCGACGGCCGCGUUCACAAGGUUGUACAGUGGAUGGACAGUAACGGCGAGUCCCAGUCGAUCUUGCUGGACGUUUUCGAUGUCACGCCGGGCGAGCCGAUACAGGCGAUGGAGAUCUCAAAAGAGCACAAGGCUCUCUACGUAGCGUCGGAUCAUCGGAUAAAGCAGAUCGAUCUUGUGAUGUGCACUCGACGGUACGACAAUUGCCUGCGAUGCGUCCACGAUCCGUACUGCGGAUGGGAUAAGGACACAAACAUGUGUAAACCCUACGAACCAGGUCUUCUCCAAGACGUGUCGAACACCACGGCGGACGUUUGCGACAGCAGCGUCGGCAAACGGAAACUGGUUGUCACGUGGGGCCAGUCGGUGCACCUGGGGUGCUUCGUGAAGAUGCCGGAGGUGCUGGCGAACCAAGAGGUACGGUGGUACCACUACAGCAAAGAGAAGGGAAGGUACCAGAUCGCGUACAAGUACGGCGCCGGCGGCGACAAAUUCAUCGAGACCUCGGAAAAGGGUCUGGUGAUUGUCGGCGUGAACGAGCAGGACGCCGGUAGAUACGACUGCUGGCUCGGCGGUGCCCUCCUGUGCUCGUACAACAUCACCGUGGACGCGCACAGAUGUUCGGCGCCCGCCAAGUCCAACGACUACCAGAAGAUUUAUUCGGACUGGUGUCACGAGUUCGAGAAGUACAAGUCGGCGAUGAAGAGUUGGGAAAGAAAGCAAGCGCAAUGCGCCUCGAGGCAAAACGACAGCAAUCAGAAUCUACACACGAACGAGGUGUACGGCACGCCCCUCGUCUGAUGGAGCCGAUCGUUGGGUCCCGCGUCGAGCCGAGAUUACGACGACACGAUGAUACGCAUAAGCGUCCCGCCGAGGAAUCGCGGCUGGACCACGACCGGUUGGAUCGGCCUGGCCUUCUUCUUGGCCGGUCACGCCACCGCGCUCGGCCCGCUGGUCGCUCGAGGACUCUUUAGUGACUGAGGCCGAGCCGCGAUUACGCGGAAAAAAAAUCUAAGAGGUGCGAAGAACGCACGCGUCAUCGAUCGUGCGUACCGCCAUCCACGUGCCACGGUGCCCGAGAGCCUUUCGUCGGCGCUACCGAUCGCGAGUGACCAUCGAGUUUAUUGGCGGUCGGUGACCCGCGAGAAUAUUCCAGUUCCGUAUUCGUCGUGCACUCGACUUUCCGUUACAUACAUACAUAUAUAUAUAUACAUAUAUAUUUCGUACUCGCUUCGCUGUAAAUAGACGUGUCGCGCGCGAGCCGCGAAAUUGAGAUCGAACGCUGGAUGCCGCGAAGAAACCACGAGAGCGCGGAACAGCGGGGCCGAUUCCUCGGUCUGUAAAUUCCGAUGUGGAUGCGCAACCGCGCGGAGUGGUGUUUCUCGGGGUGAACGGACGAUACCUUUUGUGCCGAAGAAACGUGGACGAAGAAGUUCCGAUUCCUCUCGCGUCUGCGACCGGUCGGGUGCUGGAUGAGAGCUGAAUGGGGAAAACGCGCGCAGCUUCCCCAUUCCUUCAACGUUUAAUUAAUUCGCGAGACGGGGAAGAAAUUUUACGUGUACAUACGAUAUCGGAGCCUCAUCUACGGAAGACAACGCAACGCUGAUCGCGACUGAGAUAUCAAUGAUCAGUGCGCAACUGAGCGGCGCGUCGGAGGGAGGGAAGGCGCGUUCUCCUCUCCAGCUGUUUUCGCAUCCGCGACAGGAGCCGACGAGAGGAGUCGAGGUGGAGCUUCCCCGACAAUCGAGGGUGGGCAGCAUCGAUUGGAGAACACGCGGUCGCCGCGGCGAACGGCUCGCACCCGCGAGGCCGGGAGGAAGUCGGCGGCGUCGCUCGAGGAAAGAGAGGUAAAACGUCGCGCCGGGAGGGAGAAAGGAAAAACGAAACGUGGCCAACGGCGCGUUUACGACGUCACGCAGGUUACAUAUGAGAUUAUUAUCGGCUUUAGAGACUUUCGUGCGAGAACCGCCGCGCUGCUGCACUCGCGCGACGCUGGUUAGCUUUCCAUAUCACGUUCGCCACUUUUGCGGCGCGCACACGCCUAUUUUCUACCUACACACCC